AUGGCGUCCUCCGCCGCCGCUCCCCGUGGCCGCCGCAACCACCCGGCGCCGCCUCCGGAGGCGGUCGAGCGUGCGGCGGGCCCCGCAGCGGUGCCGUGGCUCCCUCCGCCCGCCGCCUUCGCACGCAAGCUUGACCGCGCCGCCGCCACGGAUGCGCCGCCCGCCGUGGCGGUGCCGUGGCUUCCGCCGCCCGCUGCCUUCGCACGCAGGCUCCGCCCCGCUCCCCCAGACCCUAACACACCCGAGCCCCAGACGCCGACGCCGAGGGGCUGGGCGGCGCUGCCGCGGGACGCGCUCGUGGCCGUCCUCCGCAAGCUCGACCACGUCGAGAUCCUCAUGGGCGCCGGGCGGGUGUGCCGCUCCUGGCGCCGCGCCGCACGCGACGACCCCGCGCUGUGGCGCCGCAUCGACAUGCGCGGCCACGCCGACCUCCACCGCCGAGUCGACCUCUGCGGGAUGGCGCGGGCCGCCAUCCACCGCGCCAAGGGGCGGUGCGAGGCGUUCUGGGCCGAGUACGCCGCCGAUGACGACGUGCUGCAGCUCCUCGGCGAACAGGCACCAUCCCUAAAGAGUCUCCGCCUCAUUUCUUGUCAGGAUAUCAUUGGAUUUCAAGAGGAGAUAAAGAAGUUUCCUUUGCUUGAGGAGCUCGAGAUUUCACUCUUUACAAAUAUAGGUGGGAAGCAUGUGUUUGAGGCUAUUGGCCAAUCAUGCCCAGAGCUGAAGCACUUCAGAUUCAAUAGUUACCGCUUCAUCAAUUUAGGAAACAGAGAGUACUCAUAUGAUGAUGGUGAUGAUGACUAUUAUGAUUAUGAUGAUAAUGAUUUGAAGUACAAGGAUGCUGAUGCCCUGGGGAUUGCAUAUAUGCAUGGGUUGUGCACUCUUCAGCUCUUUGGCAAUAAUCUCACCAAUGAAGGACUGACAGCCAUCCUUGACAACUGCCCCCACCUGGAGUCCCUUGACAUCCGUCAUUGCUUCAACAUCAUCAUGGAUGAUACCCUGCAAGCAAGGUGUGCAAGGAUCAAGACGCUGAAGCUUCCCUCUGAUCCUACGGAUGACUAUGGCUUUCCUGUUUGUAGCCCUCUUUGGUCAUCUGGGAUUGACUCCGACAGCGAUGCUCUUGGGUCAUUUGGCACCUACUCCGACGGUGAUGAUUGUGUCUAUGGUGACUACAUUCUGGACUCGGAUGAGUAUGAUGAUUACUGUGACCCGUUCCGCUACCUCAAUGGUGUCUAUGAGGAUGAGCUUGGUGUACAAGAUCGGAUGUUCCUAAAGGGUAUGCGCAUGCUAAUGAGAAAUGACGACGAUGAUGAUGACUACUGAUUUAGUUGUCCUUAUCGCCACUAGCUUGAUGUCUACUAGGACUUGCGAUCUUAUGUUGCUGGAUCUCACCUUCUGCUGGAAAGAUUGCUUAGCGGCUUCAAUGUAUCAAUGUCUUGUAUUGUCUCCCUAUUUUGUGUUCACUGACUCUGAACUUGUGGUGUUGAUGACAGUUUAAUGAGUGUUUUUACUGGAGAUGUUCCCUUAA